GUGGAGUCUUUCAGUACCAUGGACAGCAACUCGCGCUAGACUGCAGAGAAUCAGUUCUAGGGGACAGGGCUGCAUACAAACGCUGGAUCCUCGAAAAUUCGGGUAUAAACUUAAUUUGACUGAUUCAACUCUCGUUUACCUGUUCCUCUCCUCAGUUCGUGCAAGGGUUUACUUUAUUUUCUAGUUGUAAUACCAGCGAGUGGAAGCGAGCUGCGUUUAGCUGCAUUGUCUCUCUGCAUAGACCUGCUUCACUCUCCAACCAGUCAAAAAGUGCGAUUUAAAAAAAAAAAACAUUGUUAAGGUAGUGUAUUGGUAAGUGUUUGAACUUUAGCUGAUUAUAUAUCUAGUUAGUCUCUCAUAACUGCUGCAUCGGUUGAUUAGGCUAUUGUAUUGUAGUUUGUGUUUUGCCUUCAUGCUUUAUAGUGAUGCAGUUUCAGCAGGCUAAACAAACAUGACGUUUCUUAGUUUAAAUCUUUGCUGGGGCAUGCUCUUUUGAUGCGCAAUAUACAUCCAUUUGCAAUUGGCGAUUCUCUUUUACCUAAGUAUCCUCCUCAAACCAAGAUAAACAGUUUUGUGGACAGAAGCCUAAGUGCACAAUGAGGUCCCUCCACGACUUUUUCAAUUGCACUUAAAAAGAAGAGGGAGAGAGAGGGCGAGAGAGAGGCUGCAGGAAGCGACGCCUGCCAACCCGCAGGGGUUCCUACAUCAAACAGACUCUCGCGUCAUCUUAGCAUUUGAAACGGAGACGACUCUUGAUAGGUUGAUAGAAUAUAUAGACAUAGACGUCUUUCUCGCUAAUCUAAAGCAAGAUGAAGAAGUUUCGAAAGGUACUGGACGGCCUGUCAUCCUCCUCCCCGGGGGGUGUUGCGUCCCCCUCGUGCGGCAGUGCAGCUGGUACCCCGACCUCUCAUGCGCCCACUCCCCAGGAUAUCCAUGUCCAGGAGACGCUAGUCUCGGAAAACUUUCAGAUAUGCAAGACGGUACGCCAUGGCUUCCCGUACCAGCCCACCUGCCUGGCCUUUGAUCCCGUCCAGAAGAUCCUGGCCAUCGGCUCCAGAACAGGAGGCAUUCGGAUCCUGGGACGGCCUGGUGUGGACUGCUAUAGCCAGCAUGAAAGUGGAGCCGCUGUCCUCCAGCUACAGUUCCUCAUCAACGAGGGGGCGCUGGUUACGGCAUGUGCAGACGACACGCUACACCUGUGGAACCUUCGCCAGAGACGCCCAGCCAUCCUGCACUCGCUUAAAUUCAACAGGGAGAGGAUCACUUUUUGCCACCUCCCCUUCCAGAGUAAAUGGCUGUACGUGGGCACAGAGCGUGGCAAUACACACAUCGUCAACAUCGAGUCCUUCGUUCUGUCUGGAUACGUCAUCAUGUGGAACAAGGCCAUAGAACUAGCAACUAAAGCACAUCCAGGGCCCGUGGUCCAUCUGAGUGACAGCCCGAAGGAUGAAGGCAAGUUGCUGAUAGGGUUUGAGAGUGGAACAGUAGUCCAAUGGGACCUCCGAGCCAAGAAGGUUGACUUCCGAAUCUACUACGAUGAGGCUAUCCAUUCUGUGAGCUGGCAUCACGAGGGGAAGCAGUUCAUGUGCAGCCACUCAGAUGGCAGCCUGACUAUGUGGAACCUGAGAAACACAGCCAGGCCCAUUCAGAUCACCUACCCUCACGGGAAGAUACUGAAGGACGGGAGGAAAGAGUCGUGUAAGCCCAUCCUCAAGGUGGAAUACAAGACCUCCAGGAACAGCAGUGAGCCCUAUGUCAUCUUCUCUGGGGGUCUGUCAUAUGACAAGUCCGGUGGAAGGAGGCCCACCCUGACCAUCAUGCACGGCAAAGCCAUCACAGUGCUGGAGAUGGACCACCCUAUCGUAGAGUUCCUAGUACUCUGUGACACCCCAUACUCCAACGAGGUCCAGGAUCCUUAUGCAGUGGUUGUGCUUUUAGAAAAGGACUUCAUCGUGGUGGAUCUGACACAGAGCAACUUCCCCAUCUUUGAGAACCCCUACCCAAUGGACAUCCACGAGUCUCCUGUCACCUGUACGGCUUACUUCGCUGAGUGCCCUCCUGACAUCAUCCCCAUCCUCUACUCCAUAGGGGCCAAGCAGAAGAAGACUGGCUACAGCCACAAGGAGUGGCCAGUGAGCGGUGGCACAUGGACACUAGGCUCACAGACCUACCCAGAGAUCAUCGUCACAGGACACGCAGACGGAACCGUAAAGUUUUGGGACGCCUCUGCUAUUACACUGCAGAUGCUGUACAAGCUGAAGACGUCCAAGGUGUUUGAGAAGCCCAAGGCGGGAGAGGGUCGGGCGGGCGAGCUGGUAGAGGAGGACCCCUACGCCGUUCAGAUGGUCAGCUGGUGCCCACAUAGCCGUCUCUUCUGUGUGGUGGGCAUUUCUGCCCACGUCAUCCUCUACCGGUUCAGCAAACACGACGCCAACACGCAGAUAGUGUCACUAGAGGUGCGCCUGCAGUUUGAUUCAGAGGACGUCAUCUCCCCGUCAGAGGCAGAGAACAACCCGUGUUUCUCGGACCCCAGUUCCCCCCAGCCGCCCGGUAGCCCUGGCAGUGGCACACAGGACAGCCUCCCCUGCCUCAAGGUGAAGAGUCGUCCAGUGCGGAUGCCCCCGGGGUACCAGGCUGAGAUGGUGGUGCAGCUGCAGUGGGUGGAUGGAGAGCCCCCCCAGCAGAUCACCAGCCUGGACAUCAACUCUGCCUACGGCCUCCUAGCGUUUGGGAACUGUAAUGGUCUAACGGUGGUGGACUUCCUUCAGAAGACGAUCCUGAUGUGUAUGGGCACACUGGACCUGUACGGAGCCGCAGACCCAUACCAACGACUCACACGCUCCCCACGCAAGAACAGACAGUCCACCUCAGACUUUUGCAUGCGUGGCCUGUCUCACUUUUAUUCAGAUUCAAAGAAAAGGAUCCGUACGUCCUAUCAGAGCCUUACAGAACUCUCCGAUAACCAGGUAUCCAUGGACAUGGAGAGAAGCAAGUCACCCACCUCAGUUCCCUACCCAAGCUCUCUUCACUAUGACCCUCGCUCCAUGCCUGAGCCUGUGGCCAGUCUGAGAGCCAGCCACUGCAGUCCAGUCUUUUACUUACUGGACAAUGAUCAUGUCAAUGGACAUUGCACUAGUCCCACCUCCCAGCCCUGCUCCGUGGGGAAGCCUCGCAUCACAGGGGUUCCCGAGGGCCCGCGGCUCACCCGGAGAGGGCCUGGCCGACCGCCCUUCCGCAAGGCCCAGUCCGCCGCUUGCAUGGAGAUCUCUUUGCCUGUUUCCUCCCACACAGAAGGUGGCCAUGCGUCCAGGAGGGCAAUGCUUCAGCAGUUGCAUGGAGUCAGUAUGUACUCCCACGACGAGCACCACACCACCUCCUACAACUGGAGCGAGAGAGAAAGUAGAGAGAACUCAUUCAGUCGCUCGCGGAGCUCCAGUGUGUCCAGCAUUGAUCGCGACACCAAGGAGUCAGUGACCACGCUGCAGUUCGGAGAGUCCUACGGCCGUAAGGGCGAUGCUCUGCCUACCGCCUGCCUGUGGGUGGGCACCAGCCUGGGCGUGGUCCUGCUCCUGCCCAUAUCCAUCCCCACAGAAGAGGAGGAGAGGAUGGAGGAGCCCAUCACCAUGGGGCCCAGUGGUACCGUCCUGAUGCUAAAAGGCUCUGUGUUGCGAUUUGCCUUCCUGGACUGUGGGGGCGCUCUCAUUCAGAGUCCCUACGAGGUGUGGCGGGACCCCAACGGUCCGGAGGACCCCGACCGGCCCCGCAGGCGCAAGCUGAUCAACUUCUCCCCGUCAUCCUCCCAGGAGGCGUGCGGUGACGGUCACCUGGCCGUUGUGUGCUCUGAGAAGCAGGCCAAGGUCAUCCUCAUGCCCACCCAGGCUGUCCUGUUCACCCACAACAUCACCGAGUCCUCCUUCCUCCUGCGGGCUGACGUUGUCUCCGUCUGCAACAGCGUCUGCCUGGCCUGCUUCUGCGCCAACGGACACAUCAUGACCCUAAGUUUGCCCAGUCUAAGACCCCUGAUGGAUAUCAACUAUCUUCCCUUGACCGACUUGCGUAUCGCCCGGACCUUUGUCUUCACUAACGGAGGUCAGGCCCUGUAUCUGAGCUCUCCUACAGAGAUACAGCGUCUCACAUACAGCCAGGAGAUGACGGACAACCUACAGGACAUGCUGGGGGAGCUGUUCACUCCUAUAGAAACACCAGAGGCCCAGAACAAAGGAUUCCUCAAAGGCUUCUUUGGGGGCAACGCCCAGACCUUCGACAGAGAGGAGCUGUUUGGGGAGGCAGCAGCGGGAAAGGCCUCUCGGAGUUUGGCCCAGCACAUCCCUGGUCCAAUGGGAUUGGAGAACAUGAAGGCUGCAGCCGGCGGCGUCGUGGGGGACCUGGCCCGAGCUCGCAUCGCCCUGGACCAGAGAGGAGAGAGACUGGGCGAGCUGGAGGAACGCACCGCCCUCAUGAUGAACAGCGCCGAGACCUUCUCCACACACGCCCACCAGGUGAUGCUGAAACAUAAGGACAAGAAAUGGUAUCAGCUUUAAAGGCAGGACAGCGGGCUGUGAUGUGACUGCCCCUCUACCUGGUGGGGGG